AUGGGGUCUGAUCCGCAGUACAUCAAGUUCCCCGACCUUCUCAUCGCCCAACAUGUCUUCAACCUCUCCAACCCAGCCUGUGCUCCGGUCACCCGGCAGGCAUCAUUGAAGAAGCUGCAAGAUGCCAUCAUCGAGCGCAAGAUGGCCCCCUUCUACCGCCACCUCGCCCAUCCGGUGGAGGGCAUCCUGAACAAUUCCGGCGAAGGCGCCACGCAACACCCGCACCCUCACGGCGCCGGGACGGCGAAACCGCUCAUUACCUCCAACAUGCUUGCCUCGCACAAAUCACCACAGAAGAUCGACUUCCCCUGGGAUGAGCAACUGUAUCAGUCUUUGGUGGAGGAUAACAAAAAGGAGCUGGAGAGCUUCCAGAAAGAAGAGGAUGAGGCAGAGGAAGCCGCGGGUGAGACCGAGGUACAGGCUGCGCGCGGUAAAAGGGCCGAGUUCUGGGCUCGUGUAGGAGAUAAGGAUAAAGCCAUCGAAUCGCACGAGGCUCUCCUCGAAAAGACCGGCUUUCUGGGCACCAAGAUUGACCUGGUGCUCGCGAUGAUCCGAAUCGGACUUUUCUUCGGAGACCGGGUCUUCGUCAAGAAGAUCAUCGAGCGUGCGGAGACCUUGGUGGAGAGCGGUGGUGACUGGGACCGAAGGAAUCGUCUAAAGGCCUACAAGGGCAUGCACCUCCUCACCAUCCGCUCCUACAGUAUUGCCGCGCCUCUCCUUCUCGACAGUCUGUCGACAUUCACAAGCUAUGAGCUAUGCAGCUACUCCUCCUUGGUGAUCUACUCGGUGCUUGCGGGUUCCCUGUCCCUCAAGCGCGUGGACUUUAAGGCGAAGGUGGUGGAUGCGCCAGAAAUCAAGGCCAUCCUGGGUGCUGGGGAGGAUCAAUUGGCGGCCCUGAGCGGCGAGAUCUCGUCUGGCCCGGGGGCUCGUGAUGAGGAGAUGACAGAUGCCACAGUAUCAAAGUCGACCCCGUCGGGUGCUACCACUGCCGUCAACCUGACCACCCUCGCUGCUGGCUCCUCCGCUCAAGCAGAGACCGAAGCCCCCGUGGAUUUCUCGCCCUUGGCCAACUUGGUCAACAGUCUAUAUAAUGGUAACUUCCGCUCAUUCUUCGUGGCUCUUGCGGCCGUCGAGGACCACUUCCUGACCCAGGAUCGGUACUUGCACGAGCACCGAGCAUGGUUCGUCCGUGAAAUGCGGCUUCGCGCCUACCAACAGCUGCUGCAGAGCUAUCGAGUGGUGGGUCUGAACAGCAUGGCCAAUGACUUCGGAGUGACCGUGGACUUCCUGGAUCGGGACCUUGCCAAGUUCAUUUCCAGCAAUCGCAUUGCUUGCACCAUUGACCGCGUCAACGGUAUUAUCGAGACGAACCGGCCCGAUGACAAGAACAAGCAAUAUUCGGAUGUUGUGAAGCACGGUGAUGCUCUGAUCACCAAACUCCAGAAGUACGGCCAGGCUGUUCGUCUUCGGGGCAGUGAGCGGAGUUAA